UUGUCAGGCCAGCGUUUGUUUAAUUGCAGCUUCGCGUUGUAUAGUUUCGUAGUAAUAUCGGUGCGAACACAAUGUAUUCGGUGACAAUUGUAACUAUAGUGAUGCUGUUUGGGACGAUUGGACAUGCCUCUGUCUAUCCAUGGAUUCCCAUUGCCCCGGUCUGGCUUCGUGCCCCAGAGAAAGACACUCCACCGUCGGUUCAUAUCCAGCAGUCGGGUGGAAGUUACGCGUAUAGCACUGCGGAAGGAAAGGCUUACCAAGCGUUGGCAUCUGUUCCGGUUAUACAACCGCCGGUGACCUCAGUUCAACUGCAGGCGGUUCCAGCUGUCUCAGUUCGUUAUUUGUCUUCUGGACAGGCAGUACUUCUUCCACCACUGCCACCUGCAGUUCCAUCUGCUACGGAUAUUACAGAUGACGCUGGAGAAGGUACUACAGAAGCAACCGGAAAUGAAAUUGACGAUGAACCAACGGAACCCAGAAAUGGUGGUGAGCAACCGCAAGAGUCUGCCCCGGUCACAGAGCAAUCGUUGGACUAUGAGACGACGAACAGCAACUGAAUAUGUGCGAUUUAAUUUAACCUUCAACGAAGUGUUCCGGAAAAAUGUGAUGGUUUUUGUGGGUGUAUAUAUAGCCUGAACAAUUUGCUUGAUUUUAUAAAGUAUGAGUUUUAUAUUGAUUGUUCGUGGAAAGUUGUAAAUAUCAAUAAAAAUAGAUCAAUAGAUCAAGUUAAGAUUUUUUUUUUUACAAAAAAUGUGUCGAAUAGUGGUGACGUUUUACGAGAUUGUAGUGAUUCUAGUUCAAUAACAUUUUUCAACAUUUUAUUACUUAAAAAGUUUGGUCACUCAUAUCCGUUGAUUAUCAAAGUUGAGAAAAUAAACGAUUACGUGUAUUAUAUGUGUUAUAAAUUUACAACAUCUUUCGAUUAAAUUUUAUUUUCGUGUCUAUAUUGUGAUGUGAAAUAAUGUUCAAACUAAAUUUAUUAUCCUACUGCUGCUUACAAUUGAUAUGUAUGAUACCAAUUGUGGGCAGUUCUCCAACGUUUAUUUGAUUCGGUAUUGUGAUGUUUCAAUUUCGACUAGGAUUUAGACAUUAUGUUUCUGUAUUAUAAGACUAUAGCUGCUCCAAAUAAAUUUUUCAAAAAUAA